AUGCCUACGUUGGGUGACUGGAUUGGUCUCAUUCUGAUUAGUGCUUUGGUGUACGCGAUUUAUACGGGUCUUCAACACUCAGGAGACGCCAAGCAGGCUAUGAAGGAUAAGCUGCAGUCCUUGGAGGCCAAAGGUGUCUCCAUCUCGUCGGAUGGCAUCUCUAUUCGAUCCACACGGCCAGCACUGGAUCGGGACGCAUAUGUUGAUGCCACCAAGGAGCGUGUUGACAAAGGCCGCGCUUUCUUGCAACAGCAUGGAUCCUUCAACACUGCCAAGCAGCCCUAA